AUGGCAUCAGCACCAUUGGUAACGCAUAUAUACACAGCAGAUCCUUCAGCACACGUCUUCGAGGGUAAAAUCUACGUAUAUCCAUCUCAUGACCGCGAAACCGACAUCAAAUUCAACGACAAUGGCGACCAAUACGACAUGGCCGACUACCACGUCCUCUCCCUCUCCGGGCCCGGAAGCGAAGUAACCGACCACGGCGUCGCCCUCACCGUCUCCGACGUCCCCUGGGUCUCCAAACAACUCUGGGCCCCCGAUGCCGCGACCAAGAACGGCAAAUACUACCUGUACUUCCCCGCGCGCGACAAAUCGGGUAUCUUCCGCAUCGGCGUCGCCGUCGCCGACAAACCAUCCGGUCCAUUCAAGCCCGACCCAGAGCCCAUUCCGGGAAGUUUCUCCAUCGACCCCGCGAGUUUCGUCGACGACGACGGCUCAGCGUACUUGUACUUUGGCGGUCUCUGGGGCGGACAGUUACAAUGCUGGACGUCUGGAAAAUUCGACGACUCAAAGUCCGGGCCUCAGGAGCCCUCGGGCAAUGUCCCCGCGCUGUUACCCAAAGUCGCCAAACUGUCAGAGAACAUGCACAAAUUUACAAGCGAGGGCGUCAAGGAGAUCGAGAUUCUCGAUGAGCAUGGGACAUUGAUCCAAGCGGAUGAUCACGAUAGACGAUUUUUCGAGGCCCCCUGGAUGCACAAGUACAAGGGCAAAUACUAUUUCUCUUACUCGACUGGUGACACGCAUUAUAUCGCCUAUGCGAUUGGUGAUAGUCCGUACGGACCGUUCACAUAUGGUGGAAGGAUUCUCGAGCCGGUCGUCGGGUGGACGACGCAUCAUAGUAUCGUUGAGUUCGAGGGGAAGUGGUAUCUGUUCUACCAUGAUUGUGAGUUGAGUAAGGGGGUGGAUCACCUGAGGAGCGUGAGGAUGAGGGAGAUUGUGUAUGAUGAGCAGGGAAAAAUUUCAUUGGCGGAGAAGCAGUAA